GCUGACUGUGGCCAAUGGUUUGAAGCCGUGUGGAGAGAAGGGGGUUGACCAAGACUGUCCAAGCCGGGAGUCAGCGCUCUUACUGCCGCUACAGUCGCCGCUGUUUUGGGCUGUCCUUGCCGAUCACACAGUUCCAUCACAUCCAUCCGUCAGCCUGGUACUAACAGAGAUGCUGCUGCCGCUCCUGCUGCUCUCCUCUGUGGCCGGCAUUGCCCAGUCCACUGUCUACUUCACCGAGCAAUUCGCAGAUGAAGAUGCCUGGGAGAGCCGAUGGAUUGAAUCCAAACAUAAAUCAGACUAUGGCAAAUUCAAACUAUCAGCUGGAAAAUUUUAUGGGGAUCUGGAGAAAGACAAAGGUAUCCAGACCAGCCAGGAUGCUAAAUUUUAUGCCCUUUCGGCAAGAUUUGAGCCAUUCAACAAUGAGGAUAAAAACCUGGUGAUUCAGUUCACUGUGAAACAUGAGCAGAAGAUUGACUGUGGCGGUGGUUACAUUAAACUCUUCCCAGCAGAUGUGGAUCAGGAAGCCAUUCACGGAGAAUCUGAAUAUUUUCUCAUGUUUGGUCCUGAUAUUUGUGGAUACUCAACAAAGAAAGUACAUGUAAUUAUCAACUACAAAGGCAAAAACCAUCUCAUCAAGAAAGACAUUAAGUGCAAGGACGACGAGUUGACUCACCUGUAUACGCUGAUCAUCAAACCUGAUCAGACAUACGAAGUUAAGAUUGACAAUGCAAAAGUGGAGUCCGGUAAUCUGGAAGAUGACUGGGACUUCCUGCCAGCGAAGAAGAUCAAGGAUCCUGAGGUGACGAAGCCAGAGGAUUGGGAUGACCGAGAGACAAUCAAUGAUGUUGAUGACAAAAAGCCAGAGGAUUGGGAUAAACCUGAGAAUAUUCCAGACCCAGAUGCCAAAAAACCAGAAGAUUGGGAUGACGAAAUGGAUGGGGAGUGGGAGCCUCCAAUGAUCCCAAACCCAGAGUACAAGGGUGAAUGGAAACCAAAACAAAUAAAAAAUCCCAGCUACAAAGGUGCCUGGGUCCAUCCGGAGAUUGACAAUCCUGAAUAUGCUCCUGACACUAACAUCUACAGAUUUCAGAACAUUGGUGCGAUUGGACUGGACCUGUGGCAGGUGAAAUCUGGUACUAUUUUUGACAACUUUCUCAUCACCGAUGAUGAAAAAUAUGCAGAAGUGUUUGGCAGUAAGACAUGGGGAAAGACCAAGGAGCCUGAGAAAAAGAUGAAGGAAAAACAAGAUGAGGAAGAAAGCAAACGUAUUGCUGAGGAAGCAAAAAAGAAAGAUGAGGAAGCUGAUGAGGAAGCUGAUGAGGAAGCUGAUGAGGAAGCUGAUGAGGAAGCUGAUGAGGAAGAUGAGGAUGAUGAUGAAGAUGAUGAUGAACAGGAGGAAGAGGAAAAGAAAGAUGAGGAGGAGGAAGAAGAUGCAUCAGAAGAUAAAACUGCAACAAAAGAUGAAUUGUGAAAUCUGUAUAUUUCCAGCCAUGCCCAAUCAUUAAUGUUUUUCUGCAAUUUAAUCCUUUCACCAGUGUCUUUCUUUGGAGUUUCUAAUUGAAAUAUUGCCUGCAUAGCAAAUGUCAUUGUUACAAACUUGAGACUAUCAGAUUUCAUAAUACAGUUUCUUUUUGAGGUCUACAACUUCACCACAUCUUGCACAUUGCUGCCCUGGGAGAAUCAUUCAAGCUUGGUGGGUGCUGGGCACUCCCUAUUGAGAAUAAGAAUCACUCUUUUUGUGCCAUUAGUAUCUAACAGAGUCAUCAAUGGUUGCAGUUGAUUCAUUGGAACCUACUGAUUCACACCAUGCUGGGGUGAAAUCUGGCUCAUCGGGAGUCUGUUAUUUACUUGUCUUCUCCUUAUUUCUCCCCUUCAACCCCCUUGGCAGCUAUGCUUUUUGUUUUGUUGUUGGGAAGGCAGAAUGUCUGAGUCAUUUGAGGAAAAAUUCCCACGGCAGAUGGGAAUUUACUGCUGAGGACCUAGAGAUGUUGAUUUGUUCCUGGAGGAACUCCUGAAACAUUUUUCACCAUUAUUUUAGUUCCUGUGCUGCUGCUGCUGAAUGUCUCUGCCUGACAUGGUGAAUGUACGACCAUGAACUGUACUGGGUGUGGAUCCCAUUUCUGACCCAGCAUAGUGGAGCAUUAAUGAAGAGUGUAAUGCCUUCUAAAUUUAACAGAGAUCAAGGAUAAAACAGUGACUGCAUGUUUUUACAUACGACUGGCAAUAUUAGUUUUGUCACAAUGAUCCUGUAAUGUAUGUAAAUUGGCGUCAUUGAUAUAAAUACUACAGCUGUAUAGCAUGAAUGAAAUGCAGGAAUUGGAAGGAUCAGAGAGCAAUGAAAGCAUCUUAAAAAAACCUGUUUUGGUAUUUAUCAAAAUUAUAGUGUAGCUUUGUAGCUCUGCAUCAGGAUCUUUUCUUCAAAUGGAUGAGGAGCUGGUGAUUUGAUUAACCAUUGCAUUGAAACUGCAUUCACAUUAUUACCUGAUGGAAGAUUCCAUCUCAAAGCAUUGUCCGAUUUUGGUGUAAAUAAUUGCAACCUGAGGUAUUGCCCCACUUUACAGCCGAGGUUUUGAUUAUUUUUGGUACCUUUUGACAAAGAAAUGAAGUUCAUCUUCAACUGAUUUUGUAGGAUCUGAAUGUAUUUCCAGAGACAAAAAGUUUGUUUUAAAUAAACGUGUACAAAAAUUGUCAAA